AUGGUCGUCAACAACGAGAGCAUAAAAAUUCGCCCUCUCGAGUACAGCCCCGUAGAAACGAUCCAGCGCAAUGUGUCUGUUUUAAAGGACUCUUUCUAUAACUCCAAGACCCGACCGGCAGAGUUCCGAAAGCUGCAGUUGCGGAAGCUAUACUGGGCCAUUCGCGACAAUCAGGAUCGCAUUUUUGAAGCUCUAGCACGCGAUAUGGGGAGGCCUCAGUAUGAGGCCUAUGUAUCCGAAGUCGGAUGGUUACUAGGAGAGAUUCUAUUCAUCCUCAAGAAUCUGGACAAGUGGCUCAAAGACGAGCCUGCUCCGGAUGUCCCUUUGGUGUACAAAGCACUGGCCCCCAAGAUUAGGAAGGAUCCCUUGGGAACUGUUUUGGUUAUCGGUUCCUGCAACUACCCUUUUCUAUUAACCCUAGGGCCUGUGCUUGGUGCCAUCGCUGCUGGUAACACCGUUGUUCUGAAACCUAGUGAGCAACCUUCCAAUAGUGCUGUGUUGAUCCAGGAAAUCAUCGAGGCUGCCUUGGACCCUUCCUGCUAUACCACUGUCCAAGGCGCUAUCACUGAGAUGCAGGCUCUUUUGGCUGAGAAGUGGGACAAAAUCUUUUUCACGGGAAGUCAGACCGUUGGCCGCAUUGUAGCCAAGGCCGCUGCACCACACUUGACUCCAGUAGUACUGGAACUUGGAGGGCUGAACCCUGCGAUUGUAACUCGAAAUGCUGAUCUUCGUGUUGUAGCCCGUCGGCUACUCUGGGCCAAAACUCUCAAUGGUGGACAGACCUGCACGGCUCAGAACUACAUUCUAAUCGAGAAAUCUAUAUUGCCUCAAUUUGUUGAGGAAUUGAAGAGGUGCUACAAGUCUUUCUACCCUGAAGGCAGCAGCAAAGGAUCUGGAUAUACUCGCAUCAUCAAUGAGCGAGCUUUUCAGCGCUUGAAAACAAUUCUUGAUGAUAGUAGGGGCAAAAUCAUUUUUGGUGGCGCCGUAGAUGAAAAGGACCGAUAUAUUGAACAGACUUUUAUUCAAGUCGAUUCUCUAGAGGAUUCACUGAUUGUCAAUGAGGCCUUCGGUCCUCUUUGUGCUGUUGUCACUGUUGAAGAUGUUGACGAGGCUAUAGAAACUGCCCGAAAAGUGCAAGAUACCACGCUAGGGCUGUCUGUCUUCGGUAGCUCAGAAGAGCAUCAGAAGGUGAUGGCUGUCUUUCGCUCUGGUAGCGUCUCUCUGAACGAUGCCCAGCCACAUGUAAACACCCUUCCUUUUGGUGGUGUUGGUGAAAGUGGCACUGGCGCAUAUCGGGGCCGGUCUAGUUUUGACGUCUUCGUGCAUCGCCGACCAUACACCAACACCCCGGGAUGGAUGGACUAUUUGCUUGAUGGUCGCUAUCCUCCAUACACGUCUACCAAAAUGAGGAAGGUCAAUAUGGUGAUGGGUGGCAUUCCGGACUUUGACCGUGACGGCCGCCCAAGUCGAUUCGCAUGGUUAAAAUACAUUCUCGGAGGGACAUCAUGGUCGAUGGCCACACGCGUUGCUGUGACUGCAAUUGAUGAUCCAGCUCUCGCAAAUGGUGACUCGCAAGCCAAAUGA